AUGGGUUUCACAAGAUUUGUGCAAACUGGACGAGUUGCGAGAAUCUCUCGCGGUCGCUAUAAGGGCAAGUUGGUAGCCAUCGUAGAUAUCAUCGAUCAGAAUCGAGUUCUCAUCGAUGGUCCAUUAACUCGCGUUCCAAGACAACAAUACCCAGUCAGUCAUUUGCAUUUGACAAAGUUCGUUGUUAAAUUUCCAUUCACAGCACCAACUCGAGUUGUCAAGAAAGCUCUUGAGGAUUUUAAGCUGAAAGAAAAAUGGAGCGGGACAUUGUGGGCAGAACGUGCUCGUGCCAAGAGAAUGCGCUCAAACCUUACUGACUUCGAACGUUUCAAGUUACGUCUUGUUAAACGGUCCAAGAAUCGUAUCAUCGAGCCAGUUUUUGAUAAAUUAAAGAAAACUGCAUCAAAGAGUGGUUUGCUUUUUGGAAAACCUAUCAAAGGAACGAAACCAUUGCCAGCAAAAAAACCAAAAGCUGAGGGAGCUAAGAAAAAGAAGAAGGUGAAUAUCUCACCAAAAAACAAAGUUUUUAAUGUAAAGCUCAGAUUUUACACAAAACUUUCAUCAUCUAAAGGUUUAAAAUCUUUGGAUAUGAUGCCUGGACCUCGAGGAUUUAUUGGAUUGGGCAACAUUUUUAACUAUUCUGAAUUAUUUGGAAAAUAUAGUUUCACUAAAAUUCAUGAAUCUGGAAUGGAUAAAUAUCAAAAGUACGGUUCAAUAGUUUGUGAACGAAUGAUCCCUGGCGUUAAUAUUGUGUGGCUUUAUGAUCCUAAUGAUAUUGAAAAGAUCUAUCAAGAAGAAGUUGGAGAUUAUCCACGGAGAGAAAGUCACUCAGCUUUAGCUAAGUAUCGAAUUGAUCAUCCACACAUUUAUAAGAACGCAGGUCUUUUAUCUACGAAUGGAGAAGAAUGGUGGAGGAUUCGAUCACAGUUUCAAAAGGGACUUUCCUCGCCAAAGAAUGUUCGUAAUUUUCUUCCAACUGCUGAUGUCACUGUUAAAGAAUUCAUCAAUCACAUGCCAAAAUGCUUUGACAAAGACAGCAUUAUUAAUGACUUUUCCAUACCAAUUCUCAAAUUGAAAACGCAAUUGAUGACGCUUCUGAUUUUCGGUGAAGAAUUGGAACCAUUAUCUGACAUUAACUUAACAAGCAACUCAGAAUGUUUGAAAUUAGCGGAAAACUCAGGAAUUAUUAAUUCAUUAAUUUUGCCGACUGAUCAGGGCUUUCGUUUAUGGAAAUUUUUCAAUACAUCUGAUUACAAGAAACUUGUGAAAGCUUUAAAACAUGUUGAAAAUGUCGCUUUAAAACUUCUUGCAAAAAAGAAGAAAGACUCAAAUGGAAAAUCACUUUUUGACUAUUACAUGGCAAACUCGAAUGUUGACAUGAAAGAUGUGAAUGGAAUAGCUCUUGAUUUGGUUCAUAGUGGGAUUCAUACUGGAUCUUACACUACUUUGUUUGCUUUGAAUUAUAUUUCCAGAGACGAACGUAUUCAAAAUAAAUUACGUGAGGAAAUUUUUAAAGCGUUACCAAAUGCUGACGAUCCUGUUACGGCAUCAAUUUUGGAUUCAGGAGUUCCUUACACAAAAGCUGUUCUGAAAGAAACCCUUCGGUUGAAUCCUAUCUCUGUUGGUGUUGGCCGAAUUCUUAAUAAAGAUAAAAUAUUAAGCGGAUAUUUAGUUCCAAAAAAUACUAAUGUUGUGACACAAAAUAUGAUCAUUUGUCGAUUGGAGAAAUAUUUCGAAAACCCACUGGAAUUUAUUCCUGAAAGAUGGACAGACAGAGAAAAACGUAAAGAAAUUCAUCCGUUCAUUGUUCUACCAUUUGGACACGGAAUGCGUGGGUGUAUUGCUAGACGUCUAGCGGAACAAAACAUCCUUUUAUUUCUUAUACGACUUUUCAGGUGUUACGAGGUUCAAUGGCAAGGGAAACCAGAACGACUUGACUGCAUAACAAAUCUGAUCAAUGAGCCCAACAGCAUAAUGAGCUUGCAUUUUAAAAAACUAAAUUAAUUUUUCAAAAACCUCGUAAGGUGUUUAUUGCAUAAUUCAAUAAAUAUUUUUUUUUCACAUUUAAA